AUGGCUACGCAAUUCGUUGCUGGCACGCCCGCGUCGCCCUUCCUGAAGCGCGUGCUCAUUCCCUUCUGGGUCGUCCGAAUCCUGAUUAUGGUCGUCGACCUUGGCCUCUACGGCCUGUCGAUUGGAGUUGUUGCUGCCUACAAGGAUGAUAUUGACGACGAGGUGGGCAACACGGGAAGCACAAGUGCCGCCCUAGCCAUCCUGGUUGUCAUCGAGCUCCUCAUCCUCACCUGCCUCGUCCUCGACAUCGUCUGCAUCGUCAAGCGCGCCAGGCGGACCCUCAGCCCUCGCUUUUUCCUCAUCGUCAACGUGAUCCAGACCCUGUUCUGGACCAUCAUGUUCAUUAUGGGCAUUAUCAGCACGAGAAACGGUCUCAACGUUGGCAUUGGUGUCCUGCUCUUCCUGUCCUUCCUCGGCCUCCUCAUCUACGCCAGCGUCAUGUAUCACAGGCACCGGAAGGGCACCUUGAAGGGCGCAUACGUACCAGCGAACCCCGGUCCCCAGUAUCAGGGCUUCGUCCAGUCCACCGGUUACCAACCCACCGACUACCAGCCCACCGAGUAUCAGUCCCCGGCCUACCAGCAAACCGCCUACCAACCCACCGCCUACCAGCCCACAAGCUACCAGCCAUAUCCAACCAACACCUAUACCGAACAGCCUCAACAGAAGCCCGUCUAUUACGACCCGCAAUCUGUGCAGGCUGCACCGGCAGGUUCAUACGAAAUGGACAAUCGCGGGGGCCACUAUGCCUGA